AUGUUCUUGAUUUGUUUAAUAUUAUUAUUCAUAUUCUAUAUAAGUUAUCGAUUGUAUCAACAUUUAUAUUUAUCAAAAGAUAUUAAUCCAAAUGGUAAAUAUGUACUUAUAACAGGAUGUGAUACUGGUUUUGGUCAUACAUUAGCUAUUGAACUUGAUAAACAAGGUUUUAAUGUUUUUGCCGGAAUCUAUAAUCAAGAAAAUCAAAUAUCAUUUCAAAAUAAACUUUCAUCACGUGCUAUUGUAUUUCAUCUUGAUAUAACUCAAUCAUCACAUAUUGAUGCAGCCUAUAAACUAGUUAAAGAAAAAACAAAUACAUUACAUGCACUUGUUAAUAAUGCUGGUAUCGAUCAAGAUUGUUUAAUCGAUUGGAUUACACUUGAUUUUAUGAGAAAAAUGAUGGAAGUAAAUUUUUUUGGACAUGUUUCUAUGACAAAAACAUUUUUACCAUUAUUAAUAACUAAACAAGAUUCACGUGUAGUUAAUUUAUGUUCAGUUGCAGGUUAUAUGGUUGCACCAACUAUGUCAUCUUAUUGUGCUUCAAAAUUUGCCUUCGAAGCAUUUUCUGAUUGUCUUCGUCGUGAAAUGCAUGCAUGGAAAUUACGUGUUAGUAUCAUUGAACCUGGUUAUAUGCGAACACCUAUAGUUGAAGGACAUGUUGAAACAAUGAAAAAACUAUGGAAUGAACUUCCUGUUGAUACUAAAGAUCGAUGGGGUGAAGAUUAUCUUAAUAAUAUAGUAAAUAAACGAUCACAGAAUUUAUUUAUUUAUCUUGCUGAAAACCCUAUGAAAGUAGUACGUGCACUUCAACAUGCGGUUACUAAUACACAUCCACAUAUCCGUUAUCGACCAGGUUGGCAAUCAAGUUUACUCUUUUUUCCACUCUCAAUGCUUCCUGCUUGGUUCGCUGAUUUCAUAUUGUAUUAUGGACGAGGUGCAAAUGUUACACCAGCUGGUGUUUAUAAACAAGCUAAAGAAUAA